CAAGGGACUUGUUGAAAAAUGGCGACUGCGAUGAUGUAUCAAAGGUCGUCUGUUUUUUUUCUUAUUUUAAUAACGCGUAGAUAAGAAGUGUCAGAUUAUCGUGGUUCAUAUGCCAAAUAGCAAUUAUCUCACAUUUCUUGUUUAAUCCUGAACCUUCUUGUAAGACUGUAAACUAGAAAAAGAAUCUUCUAAAGAAGAAAUGAACGCCCAUCAUGGAGUUUAUGUUAGAUGUGAUUAAGAAUAUUUGUGAUUAUUUUAUAACUUGUACAUUGUCACAAUGGAUUGGUCAUCUAAUAGGAGAAUAUCAAUUUUCAUAUUCCCAUAUAGUAUAUUUAAUUGUUUUUAUAUUAAUAAUUGUUCUAAUUGGAAUGUUUGUUGUAAAAAAAUGGAAGAACAAAGAAUUUCUUCCCGAAGUAAAAGAAUUUGUCGGUGUUGGAAGUGGCAGGCCACGUUUUCGAAAACGAGACAAAGUAUUAUUUUAUGGGAGAAAAAUGUUAAGAAAAGUAAAAUCUAUAAGCGGACAGGCUGGUGGACAGGGGAAAAAAAGAAGAGCUGUUAUGAGAUUUGCUAGAAGAUUAUUGCAAUUAAAAAAAGAAACAGUUCCACAGCAAUUGAAGGUACUGGAACCACCUGCUGAAUAUCUUGAAGAAGAUUUAGGUCCAGGUGAAAGAGUUCCGCCUGAUGCAUUAUAUAUUCUUCAAAGUAUUCGUGUAUUUGGACAUUUUGAGAAGCCGGUUUUUCUUAAAUUGUGCAAACAUACGGAAAUUAUGAAUCUCCCUGCUGGGACAUCACUUUUUAAAAUUGGUGAUCCCGAUGAAAAUGUGUUCAUUGUUCAGCAAGGUUUAGUCAAUGUUUAUAUUACUGGAUCCGAUGGAUCGCAAAUUUCAUUAAAAUUAGUUAAAACUGGAGAAUCAGUGACGAGUUUACUUAGUUUUACGGAUGUGCUCACUGGACAUACGAGUACUUAUAAAACAGUUUCGGCACGUGCUGUUGAGAAUUCAAUUGUUGUUAAAUUGCCAAUGAGCGCCUUUCAGGAGGUUUUUCAGGAUCAUCCGGAUGCGUUUAUUCGUGUGAUACAAGUUAUUAUGGUCCGAUUGCAACGGGUGACAUUCACUGCAUUGCAUCAGUAUCUCGGCUUAUCAGCUGAAUUAGUUAAUCAAGGAAGUUAUAAAAAGAAGCAUAGUCCUUUUUCUGGAUCGCCGGUUAGAUCAAGAACGAGGGAAAAUUUUGCUAAUCCAACUGUGGAUCCAAAUAUCGCUUCAUUUGGUUCGGAAUUAGCGGAUAAUAUUGAGACAUUGCAAAAAGAAUUGAACAGUAUUUCCAGUUCACAACCUAUUCCUAUUAUUGUUAGUAGAAGAUCGAGAAAUAAUUUGGAUUUGAAGAAUUCGUUUACGAGUCCACAGUUUAGUCAUACAUCGGAAACGGUUCAUGAAUGUGAUACACAUUGGUCGAAAGGAUCGUCUAAUGUUCAAUCGCAACAAACAACAUCCUCUUCAGAUCAACAAUUACCAAGUGGAGCUAGUAGAAAAGCAUCGAGAAAUGAAGGACUUUUUCAUCUCGAUGAAGCGCAAGUUAUUCAAAUUGCAAUUGAAGCUUUUGUUCGGGAACUUGGUUUGGAGGAUGAUUCAGUGCUUCGCGAUGGUAAAGUGCAAAUUCGCGAUGUUCCAGCUGGCACUUAUCUCAUGAAGGAGGAAUCUCACAAGGACGUUGCUUUAGUUUAUGUCGUGACGGGAUCUCUUGUUAUCAGUCAACGUGUAAUGGAAGGUGCUGAUUCGGGAGAGGAAGUCCAUAUGUUUAGUGCACAUCAAGGGGAAAUUGUUGGCGGUCUUGCGGUUUUAACAGGAGAACCCUCAUUUUACACAAUAAGAGCAAAACAUUUGAGCCGCAUUGCAUUAUUGAGUAAACAAACAUUUUUUGCUAUUAUGAGAGAAAGACCUACUGUUGUUUUGCAUGUUGCAAAUACAGUUGUUCAAAGACUGAGUCCUUUCGUUAGACAAGUUGAUUUUGCACUUGAUUGGUUAUUCCUGGAAAGUGGAAGAGCCGUUUAUCGUCAAGGCGAUGAAUCAGAUUCGACUUUUAUUGUAUUGAGUGGACGAUUACGUUCGGUGAUAACUUAUGAGAAUGGAAAAAAAGAAUGUGUCGCUGAAUAUGGUAAAGGUGAUUUAGUUGGAAUUGUGGAAAUGGUAACGCAAACGCCAAGAUCGACAACAGUAAUGGCUGUACGUGAUUCGGAACUUGCAAAAUUGCCCGAAGGACUUUUUAAUGUUAUUAAAUUGCGUUAUCCAAUUGUUGUCACGAGAUUAAUUAAUUUAUUGGGUCAUCGAAUUCUUGGAACAUGGAAACAGGCACCAAAAACCGGAGCAAGUGGAACUCAUAGAAGAGCGACAGUGGACGCAAGACCAUCGCAAAUUAAUUUUUCCACAGUUGCCAUUGUUCCAGUCUCCGAUGAUGUUCCAUUAACUGCGUUUACAUAUGAACUUUAUCAUUCUCUUUGCGCAAUUGGACCUUGUCUAAGACUCACUUCCGAUGUUAUUCGAAAGACUUUGGGAAGUGCAAUAAUGGAGCCAAUGAAUGAAUAUCGAUUAACAUCGUGGCUGGCGCAACAAGAGGAUCAACAUCGUAUUUCUUUGUAUCAAUGCGAUACAACGUACACUUUAUGGACACAAAGAUGCGUACGACAGGCGGAUUGUAUUUUAAUAGUUGGAUUGGGUGAUCGGCCACCAACAUUGGGAAGAACGGAACGUGAAGUUGAACGAUUAGCAAUGAGAACACAAAAAGAAUUGGUACUAUUGCACAAAGAACAAAGUGGUCAACGGCCAACAAAUACUGUACAAUGGCUCAAUAUGAGAUCGUGGGUCUCUUGUCAUCAUCACAUACAAUGUCCAAAACGAAUGUUUACAAGAAAAUCGCAAUAUCGAAUUAAUGAAUUGUACUCAAAAGUUUUGUUGUCGGAGCCAAAUGUUCAUAGUGAUUUUAGUAGACUUGCGCGAUGGUUAACGGGAACUUCAGUUGGUUUGGUACUUGGAGGCGGUGGAGCUAGAGGAGCGGCACAUAUUGGAAUGUUGAAAGCAAUUUUAGAAGCUGGAAUUCCAAUUGAUAUGGUCGGUGGUGUUAGUAUUGGUGCUUUUAUGGGUGCACUUUGGUGUAUGGAGAAAAAUAUCGUCACUGUCACGCAAAAGGCUCGAGAAUGGUCCACGAAAAUGACACAAUGGUGGCGACAAAUUUUAGACUUGACUUAUCCAAUGACGUCAAUGUUCUCGGGGAAGGAUUUCAAUAAAACAAUACAAGCAACGUUUGGCGAUACAUACAUCGAGGAUCUUUGGCUUCCUUAUUUUACAUUAACGACUGAUAUAACAGCAUCAUGCAUGAGAAUUCAUAGACACGGAUCGAUGUGGCGAUAUAUUCGUGGUUCGAUGUCAUUGUCUGGUUAUAUGCCUCCCAUGUGCGAUCCCGCCGAUGGUCACCUGCUCCUCGACGGCGGGUACGUCAAUAACCUUCCAGGUAUUCUCUGGAAGUAUAGUCGGGCGAGUAUGACAUUUGCCGGAGUCUUUCCACCUGUUUGCGAUCCAGUCGAUGGGCAUCUUUUAGUCGACGGGUGUUAUGUUAAUAAUGUCCCAGCUGACGAGAUGUUAAGACAGGGAGCACAUCAUAUUUUGGCUAUUGACGUUGGAUCGCAAGAUGAUACUGAUUUAACGAAUUAUGGUGAUUCAUUGUCAGGAUGGUGGUUACUUUGGAAAAGAUGGAAUCCAUUUGCAGAGCCUGUGAAAGUUCCUAAUUUACCUGAUAUUCAAUCGCGAUUGGCUUAUGUCAGUUGUGUUCGACAAUUAGAAGAAGUUAAAAAUUCUGAUUAUUGCGAAUAUAUAAGACCGCCUAUUGAUAAAUUUAAAACAUUGCAAUUCGCUAAUUUCGAUGAAAUCAAAGAUGUUGGAUAUCAUCAUGGUAAAACUUAUUUUGAAGGACAGCAAAAAGUUGGAAUAUUGCCACGAUUUAAUGCCGAUAGAGAAAAUGCAAAAAUUUUAAGAGCAAAGACUCAAGCUGCAUGUCAGCAAACAUCUUCCUAUACUUUUACUGAUCUCGCACAAAUGGUUUGCAAAGUGUCACGAGGAAGUCGUUACAUGAAUGCAGAUUUAGAUUCUGAUUCCGAAAUUGAGGAAUAUGAAGCCGAUUUAGAGGAAGAUGCACAUGAAGUUGGAUAUGCAUCCGAACCAUCGGUUGGAAUUUUGGAUCAGAGUCCCGAUGACAAUCGUUUACGAAGAAGAACGGGAACAUCUUUAAGUUUAUCCGAUACAGAGGCUGAGUCGGAAAUUGAUUAUCACUCAAAAUUAUUUUGAGCCUCGCCUCUUUGUACAUUUUUUAAAAAUAAAUGACUGGAUUGUAAUUUUUUUACAACAAACCAAAAAAAAAAUGUAAAUAUGUAUAGGAAUGUAAAAAAAAAUGAAGAAGCGUGUGAGUAUUCGUAUUUUUUCAAAUACAAAAAAAACUGUCAUUUCUAUUUCAUUUAAAAAUGCUUUUAAUAUCGUUUACAGUGUAUUCAGUAAAAAAAAAAAAGAAAAAAUAAUUUCUGUUACCAUUACUAUCACUGUUGUAGCAAAAUAAAAAAAAAAAACUAUUAUAUAAUUUGUA